AUGAAGAAGGCCAAGGCUUUCAGCAGCAUGGCAGAUUUUCCGCUUGCCUUUCUGUGCAGGCCGAGGGCCGCCGGGCCAAGCGAAGGAGACGCGCAAGAGAGGAAGAGGAGGCUCGGAGUCGAGGAGCCACUGCACUUCGACCUGCCUCGACGUCUCACCAAGCAGGAGCGCCAGGAGGUCCGAGAAGAGCUCUCCACGGCUCUCUCCGCGCUGAGCGAGGUGCAGGCGGUGCCCAAGAGGGCCCAGGAGAUUGCACCGGCAGAACUACGCCUGCGCACAAAGGUGCCCCUGAUCUCCACGGAGCUUCGCGUUGGUGCAGGGCCGGUGGAGCUUGCCAGGGUGCUCCAGCUGCUGAUGGAGGCCUUCGAUGCGGCGGAGCUGGAGCUGAAGGAGCGAGGACGCUUCAUCUCGGGUGAGUACCGUCAAAUGCUGGUGGAGGAGACCAGGGAGAGGCGGGCGUGGCAGCAGCCCUGCGCAGGGCCGCAUCCCUGCGGCGGGUCUUGGCACCCGAGGCGCUGGCGGCCUCCGCGCGCUUGUGCCUGGUCUUGCGGGGCCCAGCGCUGGCGCUGGGAGAGGUGA